AUGGGCCCUCUCGUGCGGCUGACUGCCCAAGGCAUUGGCCUUGUGCGCGAGAAUAUGGCAAGGAAGCGGACGGAAUUAUCCGCUAGCGCAACUGAAACUAUCGUUUCCAACUACCAAACUAACAGCGAUCCGGCGAUGCAAAAUCAGGACGACAAUGACUGCCCAGAGCUAGUUGGCAGGAAUGCAUUCACUCAGGAUGUUGACGAAGAGGCAUGGUUGGCUGAUGCUGUUGCCGAGGAAUUUAAGGAACAAGAGUCGCCUCCUUACUCAAAACAUACGAGCAUGCUUGAAACUACCGCCCUGGGCUUCAAGCCCCAACAAGAAAGAUCCUUGGCCAGACUUCCUUACCCAGUGAUCAUUCCGCAGCGACGUCCACGCGAUAGGAGUCGAGGAUUUGCACGAGCUUAUGCGCCAGUCCUCGCCAAUUGCGACGUAAGUCAAGAAAUGUUCUUACGGUUCAUUAAAGAUCUCUACGAGGCUAGCAAGGCCAACCCGAUAUUCAUGGUUGUGAACAUGGCUGCAUUUGUCACAGGGUUCAUCCCAGAUAUUACCGCCACUGUGGUUUCAAUACUGGUCCAAACAGCAGCGGAAACUGCUAGGCAAAUCCAGAGUCUCCACCGGACUAAUACCUUUCUGGACGAUAUGAACAAUAGAUUUUUCCGGCCUCGCGGGCUGUAUUGCCUUCUCAUGACCCAUAAGCCGAAUAAAUCGAGUCCAUGUAGCCCCAUGGAUAUAACCGAGACCGUUGCAAAGUUUAGCACGCCCGCCGAAUCGACAUUCAAGGACAAACUGAGAAGUAUUCGGAAAUCUAGUGGCACCACAAGAGGCAACAUUGAAUUGCCGGAGUGUGCACCCCUUGUCUAUCCCCAUCUAGAAAGCUUGAGUGGAGCGAAAGAGUCUAGGUUGCAAAGCGUGAAAGCGAACCUGUCCGAUUAUUACGAUCGGCGCUCCCAAGCAGAGUUUGAAUACCAGAACCCGGACUCCAAGCUGUGUACCAAUAACUCGGAGCGCAUUCAGUUUGCGUCCAGAUACAGUGACCCAAAUAAUCCAGCUUCGCAAGGGUCCCUCAUCUCUCUGCUCACCGGAGGUCAUGUAAACCCGAGGGCGGGUGUGGACAAGUUACGGCAAAAAGGACGGGACCACCAACGUGAAGAGGCCAAUCGGCAGCUGGCAGAAACUGGAAGCAUCGAGCGCGUUCCAUAUUCCAGGGUUGCAAAUAGGGAGGGUAUAUUGAAGAGGGUACUCCGACAGGAUGUUCUGUAUCUGAUGGUCGUUAACAUGCCGACAGAGGAGGAGUUGGCAGCAGUAGUUGUGCCGAGGAAAAGUAAUGAGGCAUCUUGA